AACACACUGAGCAAACACUAACGACGAAAAGAAAAUCGGGACAUCGCAUCGCAGAGUGCCCAGAACCUCCUAACCUGGACAAUGUCGAAUGUCGCAAAUGCAACAAGACCGGCCACUUCGCCAAAGACUGUCCCGAUGGAGGCGGCAGAGCUUGUCGCAACUGUGGCCAGGAAGGCCACAUUUCCAAGGAUUGUGACCAGCCCAGGAACAUGGACCUUGUUGUCUGCCGCAACUGCGAGGAAACUGGACACUACAGUAAAGAGUGCCCCAAGCCUCGAGACUGGUCCAAAGUCCAAUGUUCCAACUGUGAGGAGUAUGGACAUACCAAAGUCCGCUGCAAGCAGCCACCCAAAGAUUCGGAAGCUUUUACAGGCCAGAACUUCGGUAUUGCAGGUGAACAGCCGUCACAGGCUGAUAGCUACGCUGACAAUAGCUACGCCGACAAUGCGGGUGGCGACGGAGGCAAUGGAAGCACUUGGUAAUUCAUUUCCCAAAUGCAGCAUCCCAGAGACACUUGAUUUAAAGGACUUAGCUUUCUACUCAAAUUAUCGUUGGCCCUGAAAUGGGAAAGAUUUACUACGCAGUCAGAUGAGGAUGUGAUGAUAUGCUCCUGGGCAGAUACGAGAAUACAGAAACAAGGGGCUUCAUAUAUAGGUAGAUGAUGGCUUAGCACUGGAAGGUAUUUACCGCGUUGCCUCUGAUAAAAUGAUUCAAG